CUUAUUCCAUGCCGGUUCCAUGACAGUGCACACCGGGAUCAGCCUGGAAGAGAUUGCUCGCUUUGGUGUUUCGUUGCGAAUCAUGACAGAUUGAAAUUGGAUUCCCCGGCCGGGUAGAGAUAAGCUAGCGCUAUAAAGGGCUUUGUACCCCAUACAAUACGUACCUGUACGGAUUCCCCCGACCUGUCAUUCUCAACCGUCCCCGCCCACCAUGACACCCCCCAUGCAACAUCGUCCUGUAGACGAGGAGAAAGGCAAAUCGGCCGCCCAAAGCGACGUGUAUGCUACCGUUUCCGACGUUGAACCCGGAUCCAUUAUCCCGCCAGAUGCCCAUGGAUUACAGCGUCGCCUGGAUAACCGACAGAUUCAGCUGAUUGCGAUUGGCGGCUCGAUUGGGACUGCGGUGUUCGUGAGCAUCGGCACCGCCCUCACCAAAUCCGGCCCGGGCAGUCUCCUGCUCGCGUACAUCAUCUACAGCUGCAUGCUCUCGCUGGUGAACAACUGCAUUGCCGAGAUGUCCACGUACAUGCCCGUUGGAGGGGGGUUUAUCCGUCUGGCCGGCCGGUGGGUGGACGACGCCUUCGGGUUCAUGGCCGGGUGGAACUUCUUCUUCUACGAAGCGCUGCUAAUCCCUUUUGAAAUCACGGCGCUGACCGAGGUGCUGGCUUUCUGGAGCGAUCAUAUCCCCACCGCGGCCAUCUGCGUGGCGUGUAUUGUACUAUAUGCGUCCCUUAACGUCCUCGCAGUCCGAGCCUACGGAGAGGCGGAAUUCUGGCUCUCCGGCGGCAAGGUGAUCCUAUUUUUUGUCUUGUUUCUGUUCACCUUCAUCACCAUGGUGGGCGGCAACCCGCAGGGCGAUGCGUACGGGUUCCGCUACUGGAAUACCCCGGGCGCGUUCGCGACGCAUCUGGCGACGGGGGCGCUGGGCCGGUUCGAAGGGUUUCUGGCGGCGCUGUGGGCGGCGUCAUUCGCCUGCGUGGGACCGGAGUACAUCUCGAUGGUGGCGGCGGAGAGCAAGCACCCGCGGCGGUACAUCAAGAACGCUUUCAAGACAGUGUACUGGCGGUUCGGAGUGUUCUUCAUCGGGAGCGCGCUCUGCGUCGGGGUGGUGGUGGCGUACAACGACGCAAACCUGGUGGCGAUCACGACGGGGGCGUCGGCGGGGGCGGGGUCGGCGUCGGCGUCGCCGUACGUGAUCGCCAUGGGCAACCUGGGAGUCAGCGUGCUGCCGCACAUCGUCAACGCGCUGCUCGUGACCAGCAUCUUCUCGGCGGGCAACACGUACACCUACACGGCGACGCGGGUGCUGCACGGCCUGGCCGUCGAGGGCCGCGCCCCGCGCAUCUUCCGGCGCUGCACGCGCCACGGCGUCCCCAUCUACUGCUUCGGCGUCGUGAUGCUGUUCCCUUUCUUGUCCUUCCUGCAGCUCUCCAACAACACCGCCACCGUGCUGAGCUGGAUCAUCAACCUGACCACCUCCGCCGGCGUGAUUAACUACAUCGUCAUGACCACGACGUACAUCUGCUUCUACCGCGCGUGCCAGGCCCAGGGCUUCGAUCGCGCCCAGCUGCCCUACCGCGGAUGGUUCCAGCCCUGGAGCGCGUACAUCGGCUUGGUCUGGAUGGUCUGUGUCGUGACGUGCUACGGCUACAGCAGCUUCAUGCCCUGGAGCGCGGCGGACUUUGUCACCUACUAUACGAUGGUGAUCGUGGCGCCCGCGCUGUUCCUGGGGUGGAAGUUGUUGAAGCAGACCAAGUUCGUCCGGCCAGAGGAGGCGGACCUGGUCUGGGAGGCGCCGGCCAUUACGGCGUAUGAGGCGGAGUUGGAGGUCACGCAGCCCGCGGUGGGAUUCUGGGAGGAGAUGCUGCAGUCUCUGCGGGGGCUUUUGGUACGGAAGAACAAGAUAAGUGAGUGAUCCAAAUCAGGAAUGAAAACCCAGCCGAAGGCUGUUUGAAAAGUGCAGUGCCAUGCAGUGCAGCUGGAAAUGCGGGGUAAAAUCGGCCGCUUAUUUUUAGCUUGCCUUGUUGGAGUACAUCUGUCGAUAGCGAUAGCAAAUCCCACCAAAAGCGACAAUCCUCCAUCACGCCUUAUCUAGGCUACUAGACUAGU